AAAUACUACAAAAUAAAAUACUGUUCCCGGACGGCGGGUGGAAAACAGAAAAGCUUCUCAUUUUCUCUGAACGCCGGACUGAAUCAACCCAUUCUCGUCUCUUGGGUCCACUGGUUCUAUCAAAAUGAUUCGAUUCAUUCUGCUUCAAAACCGGCAAGGAAAGACUCGUUUGGCCAAGUAUUACACCCCCCUCGAGGAAUCCGAGAAGCACAAAGUCGAAUAUGAGGUUCAUCGGUUGGUCGUGAAUAGAGACCCCAAAUUCACCAACUUUGUGGAGUUCCGAACCCACAAGAUAAUCUACCGGCGGUAUGCUGGGCUAUUUUUCUCGCUCUGUGUUGAUAUGACGGACAACGAGUUGGCUUAUUUGGAGUGCAUCCACUUGUUUGUGGAGAUACUGGAUCAUUUUUUUAGUAAUGUCUGCGAGUUAGAUUUGGUUUUUAACUUUAACAAGGUAUAUCUAAUCGUAGAUGAAUUCAUUCUCGCUGGGGAGCUCCAAGAAACAAGUAAGAAGGCUAUCAUAGAGAGGUUGAAUGAAUUGGAGAAGUUGGAGUAAAGAUUGAUGAUCCAUGAUGGCCAACCUUCAUCCAUAUUCCAAAGUAUGCACCUUUUCAUUUGCUCCCCUUUGAUCUUUCUGAACAUUUAGGAUUGAUUAUGCCACCUACUUGUGUUUGAGACUUUGAAUCUCUAGAAUUUCUUUCGAGUUUAGGCCUAAAGUCAUAGGAUUGAAGAAGACAUUAUUGUGAUUGCUGUCAUUUCUUCUCCCUAUUCAUGAUUGAGUUAGUUUGCUUCUGCCCUUUAGGUAGAGAGUGCUUUCAUGUGAGAAUGCAUCUUUUUGUUUCGGUCCAAUAUCAUAUCUUGUCU